GCAGGUGGAGCUGCAGCGGGAGCUAGCCGAGCUGCAGACUACAGAGGACCGACAGGCCGCAGAGCUCAAGAGCCUGCACACGAAGAGCUUGGAAAUGGAGGCCAAAAUCGAAGCGAAGCGACUCCUGCUCGAAACACGAAGCGUGCUGGAUGCCUGGGAUGCUGAGCAUUCGGGAACUCGUGGCCGCGAAUAG